UAGCCUUAAGACACCAAAUUUAUGAUAGUUGCCGAUGUAUUCAAAAUUGUCAAUAGAUAUAGUUUUUAAAUUAUACAAAUUCCCUUUCAAAAGACAAUCUUCAAAUUAGAUUUAUUUUAAAACGCCAAACAAAGAACACUGACAAAUGAACAAUAGGCAUUUAACAGCAAAGAUUAGUGCUCUCUGUUAAUAACAGUUUAGCAAAAUGUAAUGUACAUUUUUGGCUGCCCAUUAAGCAUAUGGUUUUAUUUGAUAAGACCGCUUGUAUUGUGCCUUUGCAAUGGAUGUUGAACUUGCUACAGAAAUUUCCAAUUUUAUUAGCAUAAAUAGGCAACAGCUCAGCCAACUGAUAACAUAACCCAAGCAACCGCCAUCGCACGUGCAUGUAGCAAUUAGUAAGCAUCAAAGAGUGGCUGACGAUAUUCUGGGCUUGUUUACGUAAAUAGUUUGUCAUGGCAGCGGCAACAGCAGAUCACAAAGCGAAUCCUGUGAAAUCGUUCAUAGCUGGCGGCUUUGGAGGUAUAUGCAGUGUGCUCACAGGCUAUCCUUUGGACACAAUUAAGGUGCGGCUGCAGACAAUGCCAUUGCCUGCAGCUGGACAGCCGCCCAAAUAUAAAGGCAUUAUCGACUGUGCUGUUAAAACCUUUAGCACUGAGGGCGUUCGAGGCUUUUAUAGAGGCAUUUCAGCGCCUUUGGUCGGUGUGACGCCCAUCUAUGCUGUGGAUUUUGCCGUCUAUGCGGCAGGCAAGCGUCUCUUUCAAACGGACGAACAUGUUAAGCUAACAUACACACAAAUCUUUAUUGCCGGCGUUGGUGCGGGCAUUUGCUCAGCUCUGGUCACUGUGCCAACGGAUCGUAUUAAGGUGUUGCUGCAAACGCAACCGGUCACAGGCCCCGUUAUGUAUAAUGGCAUGCUGGAUACGGCCAUAAAACUGUACAGGCAGGGCGGCCUUCGUAGUCUCUUCAAAGGUACCUGCGCCUGCGUGCUGAGAGAUUCACCCACUGGUGUCUAUUUUGUUGUCUAUGAGGGCUUACAGGAUUUGGCCAGACGGCGCUCGGCAACGGGACAAAUAUCACCGACCUCAACCAUCUUUGCUGGGGGCACGGCUGGCAUUGCGUUUUGGUCCCUGGCUGUGCCUUUUGAUGUACUUAAAAGUCGACUACAAUCUGCGCCCGAGGGUACAUAUACGCAUGGCAUACGCAGCGUUUUUCGAGAGUUGAUGGCCACAGAGGGUCCCAAGGCGCUGUACCGCGGUGUUUUGCCUAUACUGAUACGUGCUUUUCCUUCAACCGCGGCCGUUUUUGUCGGCGUUGAGCUAGCCAAUGACGUGUUGAAUGCUUAGACUAAGUUGAAAGGUUGUGGGCCAAAAAGAAGCUAUUUUUUUUUAGUGUUGUAUAAGUUAAA